AUGGGAUCCGUGCAUUGGGCGCAACCCAUGGGCGCCAGAGGCAAAGUGGGCCGAUCUGUCCUCUAUGGGGCUCUGUUCGUGCGGCCCACCCAUGUCGCAUGGCCUAUUUUAGAGUCUCGGCCCAGUCAUUCGCAAGGCCGAAUUCUUGACAGCUUGGCCAAGUCCGCUGGCCCGCUGUUGAUGGGCGCCUGUCACACACCGCUGGCCCAUCAGCUACCUUCAAAAUGGAAGGUAGCCCGCAAGGGAAGUACGUCAUUUUCGGAAAUUUCCAUGACUCAACUUUCCAUUUUGCUUGAGCAUGGACUCGAUUCAAUACCUACGCAUUCCACGAACAAGCUCCACAAAACCGUUUACAAAACAGUCAACUUCCCAUGGAGUACCUUCCUGUGGUCCGUUUCGCAUGAGCGUGGACUUCAUUUGAUACCUACACAUUCCACGAACAAGCUCCAUGAAACCGUUUACAAAAUGGUCAACCUCCCAUCGAGUACCUUCCUGUGGUCCAUUUCGCAUGGGCGUGGACUCAAUUCAAUACCUACGCACUCCACAAACAUGCUCCACAAAGCCAUUUACAAAAUGGUUGAGUUCCCAUCCAGGACCUUAAUUGUUGUACCUUCAAUGUAA